AGAGUAAUACAUUUACAUACUUGUUGUGUUGUGAUUACUCUCGGCGCGUGGAUUUGGUCGUCUCUUCUGGUCGCUCAAGCUUCUCUCCUCCAUCCUUGAAAAGAUUUUCUUUAAAAAAUUUCCAUUCUUUUCUUCUUCCUUUCUUCCUCCUCCUUCUUCUUCCUUGAUACCAUCGCGUAAUCCUACUAACCCUUAAGCUAUAUACUUUCUCCUUAACUAAUCUGAACUGUCUACUUGUUCCCACUUCAUUUCUUUCAAUCGCCAUCUGAGUUCUGGCUAAAGAUUUUGACUUGGAGGUGAGAUUCAUUGUUCCGCAUAGAGUGAGAAAAAGACCUCCUAAGAUUGAACCAGAAAUAUGCGAAUUUUGUGCGAUGCCUGCGAGAACGCAGCCGCUAUCGUCUUUUGCGCCGCCGACGAAGCUGCCCUUUGCCGCGCCUGCGAUGAAAAAGUUCAUAUGUGCAACAAGCUAGCUAGCCGGCAUGUACGUGUUGGUUUAGCUGAACCAAGCAAUGCACCAUGCUGUGAUAUAUGCGAAAAUGCACCUGCCUUCUUUUACUGUGAGAUAGACGGUAGUUCCCUCUGUCUGCAAUGUGACAUGGUAGUGCAUGUUGGUGGCAAGAGAACACACGGUCGGUUUCUUUUGCUGAGACAGAGAAUCGAGUUUCCAGGGGAUAAGCCUAAACCAAACAAUACUAGGGACAACAUGCAGAACCAAAGAGUCUCAACAAAUGCAAAUGGUGAAGCUAAUGGCAAGACUGAUGACGAAAUGAUUGAUCUAAAUGCUAAUCCGCAAAGAGUACAUGAGCCAGCAUCAAAUAACAAUGGCAUUGAUGUAAAUAACGAGAACAAUCACGAGCCUGCAGGUAUUGUACCAGUUGGACCCUUCAAACGAGAGUCUGAGAAGUGACAAGGUGAAAGAGAGAGAGAUAGACUUUACUCUGAUACCAAAAAUCAGCUUGAGAAAUGAUUGUAAAGAGUUUCAAGAACUAGAGAUCGUUGCAGUACGCCAGCUUUGUUGUUGUUGAAGAGGGCAAAGGUUUAUGUUGUUUGUGCAUUAUCUUAGUUCAACAGAAUUAGCUUAAGGGCUCACAUCACAGGAAUGUAAGCUAAUAUCUGAAAUUCUGAAUAUUUUUUUUUCUUUUCUUUCUUUUUAAUAUAACUAUCUGGAAUAUAUGUAAAUCCCUAUUCCCCUCCCAAUGAAGAAAAGUCGAAAAAA